AUGGAUCAUAACUCUCUUAAACUUUUGAAUCUCACAAAGGCUCAGAUGACUCUUCUUGUUAUUAUACUCGUUGUCGCUGUUACAAAAGGAUACCUUUGUUCAGUGGGAUGCACUUCAAAUUGCACGUCAGACUAUACAUGCCAAGCAUGUAACUUUGCUUAUGAUGAUGACCAUUCUUGCUUACAAUGCGCGUUGAUUGCUAUAGAUAGUACGUCUUCUACGACUUAUGUAAGAUCGAAUAACACUUGUCUGGUCUCAAACAAGAAAAUAGUGAGAGACAUGAAGACUUCAAUCCCACCAGAUGAAUUUAUCACAGAGGUGUUUAUAAACCAAGACUUGACAAUUGACUUGAACGAACAGAGUGAUGUUGAUGUAUCCUUUUGCACUUACAAUUACAAAAAUCGAUUCGGAAAGUGGCUUAAAUUGGAUAACAGUAAACUAACUCAACCGUAUUUGUACGUCAAUAUAACUAAAUUGAUUAAUACAAGUUCAACGGUCUAUUUUGAUAUUACAAAUACACCAAAAACCUCCCAGAAUAAGGCAAAAUGCUUUACACACACUUAUUUGGAUGAUAACACAACAUCAUUUUCUCUAUUUUUACCAUCAGCAAUUUCUAAGGUUGACGACCCAUUUUACUACAUGUUUGUACAUAUUAACGAAGCAGAACGUGUCCGGGUCAAUAUCAAUAUCGUUGAACAGGAAAUUAAAGCAGCCGAUUAUGAAUACCACAUUUCACAAGAAAUAGCAGAUAACUUAGUUAAGAAUAUCGACCAAGUGCUUUUAUGGGUACCUUUCGAGGCUCGAGGAGUGGUAACAAACCCAGUGUGUUACCCACACGUUGCAAUGAAGAGUGUUGUCUUUACUAUGGAAUUUAUUGGAGAUUAUAAGAUGUUGAUGGACGCGACUAUUAACAACCGAAUGAAUUAUAUUCAAGAAUACACCAUCGUUGAUCCAGUCACAAAACAAUUGAAAUGCGAAAAAACGUGGAACGGAUGGAAGUUUGGGGCAUUGGCCGAACAAGAGAAAGCUGGUGUUAUUGCUUCCGUGGAUGGAAAUGUUACAGGCCUCAGAAGAUUCACUAUCAUGUCAGUCUCUCAACAAGACCACUUUGUUGUGAAAUUUAAAGCGAUUUGUCCGCAUAAAUGCAAUGCAGACAAGGGGUGGGGAAACUGUUCGACAUAUGAAGAAAAAUGUAUUUGUAAAGAUGAGUAUGGAGGGGAUGACUGUCAUUUGAAGUGUUUUUUUAAUGAUAAGUGGAAUGAAGACUCAACCAAUAAGUGUUACUUUGGUGCCAACCAUUGUGACCAAUAUUGUCAAUGUGAAGCUGGUUAUGAAAACAUCGACCACUUCUGCAUUUCACAAAAAUGUCUGAGUAAUGUCAUGGACACCAAUGUGAGUUGUUGGGCAAAUUCAGAAGGGUGUAAGGUUGACUGUACUUGUAUGGAAAGGGCUGGAUACUCUAUUGGAUACAAUCACACGUGUAAAAACAAAUUAUGUGGAAAUGGAAUACAAGAUAAAUACUAUGACAAUGAAGGAAAGUAUCUUAGAACAGAAGAAACACUUUCCAAUGGCGAAAUAGUUGGCUUGGUUAUUGGAUGUGUAUGUGCAUUUCUAAUUGCAGUUGUUAUUAUUGGAAUCAUUAUCUUCCUUGUUGCAAAAACAAAGAAAAUUGAUAUCAACAUCUACAAAACACAACAACCUAAUUACUAUUUCUAUAUAAAUGGAUCCCUUCGUAGUGCCCCGUCUAAAAAGGCUAAACACUCCAUUGAUCCAAUUGAAUUAGGAUUUGGUAAUGAACAGAAAGCCACUGAAAUAUUCGACACGCGAUUUGAAAAAGUAGAAGUUAAAAAUCACUCGAGAAAUAAAUGGAUGAUGGUGAUAUUCCACACUCCAAACAACCCAAAAUUUGUGUUCCAUUUCGAACCACAAGUUCUAUUCUUACGACCAUCAGUGACUAAGGUGAUAACAGUGUAUAUGACACUUCACUGCACUACUUUCUUGAAGAGAACAAAAUUGCCUUAUACAGUCUGGUUCAGUAAAUCAAAAAGCACUCUCCAAUAUAUUGCAGACACAUUGAAGAACAAAACUUUUGAAAGUUUUACACAAGACGACAAGAUCUUUAUGGAUAAAUUAUGCAAGAACGUACAAUUAAGAAUACAUAAUGCAUUUACUAUUAUCACAGAUGCAACAAGUUCGACGCAUAUUGACAUGGAUGAAUUGAAUAUGUCAGAAAGUCCAAUAGCUGAAGGAGCAAUGGGCAAAGUGUACAUUGGCAAUUACAGAAGUGUACCAGUUGCCAUCAAGCAGUUUAGAUGGGAGAGUCUUUCAGAUGAAGAGAUGAAGGAAUUGAAGAAGGACGUCAUGUCUGAAUGUGAAAUGAUGAGUAAAUUACGAAAUCCGUUCAUAGCCAAUUACAUGGGUUCUGUCACAUAUAUGCCACAAGUCUCAAUGGUCAUUCAGUUCUUUGUAUUGGGAUCGUUAGGUGAGUAUCUGACCAAAGACAAACAAGACUAUUUACCUUUAUCUUACAAAUUAAAAGUGCGAAUGUUGUUUGAUACAGCUCGAGGAAUGCAAUUUUUACAUGAAAACAGAAUUAUGCACUUGGAUUUGAAGCCAGACAAUUUGUUGGUCAAUUCACUCGAUCCAAAUAGUGCUUGUACUUUAAAGAUUACUGACUUUGGUACCUCAAGAUUUGUAAAGAAAAGUAUCAUCAAAGGAGAAGACAAAGGGCUUGGGACUCCUGUAUAUGCGGCACCCGAGUCUUUUAGAGAUGAAUACACAUACUCUGGCGAUGUCUAUUCCUAUGGCAUAACAGCUUGGGAAAUUUUCUAUCAACGCGAACCUUACUUCGAGCUGAAAAGCGUCUUUGAGAUUCGACAACAUGUUUUAAAUGGCAAGCGACUUGAAAUAGAUCGCACAAUGCCACGACUCUAUAAUGAACUAGUUGAAGAUUGUUGGAAGCAAGAUCCCGGCUCUCGCCCCACCUUUGAUCAAGUGACCAAGAAAAUUGUGAAGAUAGAUGAUGAUGUUAUAAAUCAGACGGGACUAGAUGUUGGAGUGUCUACUGAGAAAGUCGAAGAACUUGUGAACAAGAGAACAAGGAGGUUACAAGAGCAGCUUGUUCAAGUCGAGCGGGAUUAA